AUGAAGCUCGCAUCUACCUUUAUUCAAUUGGCCUCAGUGGUCUGCGCUGCUGCUGCUGUCCUCCCUCGAACGGAUUGCGGUAGACUCAGUCAAGCAUUCGCCGAAGAUGUGGUUGCUAAAUUCAUCACCAUCUUGAACCACCCUGACCCUGCUGCUGCAAAUGCGACCGCACAGGCUCUUCUCGCCGAUGGAUAUCAGGAGAUCAGUGACUCAAUCCUUUCACUAGAGGGUCAACCUUUGGGUGGCAUUACCUUUGAAGGCAAACAAGGAUAUAUUGAAGGCGUCCUUGCUGCACCACCGGUGGAGGGUAUCACGACCAACGAAAUCCUCGUUGCCGGAAGUAGCAAGAUCUUGUGGUAUUGGACGUUCUAUGGCAUUGGCUCAGGGGAAUAUGAAGUUAAGGGGUUCAAUCUGUUUACCAUCACCGAGAAAGGACAGAUCAGUACCCUCAAUCUGGAGUUUAACAGUAUUGCUUGGGGACUCAAUACUGGUUAUCAGAUCAUCUUCCCAGAGGGAGGAGGUGCUCCCACAAAGUGA